AUGACCAACACGGACGACGAACGAAUUGCAGCUCUUCAAAAGUUCACCGCUUGUGAUAUUUCUGAUGCACUCGUGAAGCUCAAAGUGCCCGGGGCUGGCUUCCUACCUGAUCUGCAACUGCUGGGCCAACCGAACCCCGCAGAUGCUCCCAUCACCAUAGCACCAGCAUCCACGAUACUUUUUGCUCGAAAGGGGGAGACAUUGGAUUCGCCCACGGCAAACAUUCCUAAAAACACUCACUGGGCUGAUAUCACCCAGCCGGGUACCAUCGUGAUCAUCAGACAACCCGACGGGCAGAAGAAUGCCGUCUGCGGAGGUAUCAUGGCUGUGAGGAUGAAGGUUCGGCAAGCGAAGGCGAUCGUGGUAGUAGGCCGUGCCAGGGAUCUGGACGAACUAACCAGUACAGGUCUACCGGUCUGGGCAAGGGGACUCUCCACGGUUGGCGCCGGGGCAGAGAGCACCCCUUGGGCGGUCGAAGUACCUAUCAACGUCGAUGGCACGGUCGUCAACCCUGGUGAUCUCGUUUUCGCUGAUCCGGUGAACGGCGUUGUCGUCAUCCCCAAGGAUAAAGUCGACCAGUUGCUGGAGCUUCUCCCCAGGCUUACAGCUGCCGACGACAAGGUCAAGGCAGACGUGCUAAAUGGCACAUCGGUGUUUGAUGCGUUCAAGACGCACCGGAGCAAUCUCUAA